CGGUGCGGUUCUAGAAUGGCGCGUGGGGUGGGCGGGGCUUCGAGGCAGGCGCCGCCCUUCAUUUUCUCUCCCCUCCAUCUUUUCCCCCUUCCACUAUCUUGCAUUAUCUUUGAUCCUUAUUGGCUUGCUCACCUAUUGAAGUUCCUGCAGCAAAUUAUUUUGGAAUCUACUUCAGCCAUGGCUUCUUCUGACAUUCAGGUGAAAGAACUAGAAAAACGUGCUUCUGGACAGGCAUUUGAAUUGAUACUUGGCCCUCCUUCAAAAGAAGCUGUUCCAGAGUUUCCCCUCUCUCCUCCAAAGAAAAAAGAUCUCUCACUGGAAGAAAUUCAAAGGAAGCUAGAAGCAGCAGAAGAAAGGCGCAAGUCCCAUGAAGCUGAAGUGUUGAAGCAGCUAGCUGAAAAACGAGAGCAUGAGAAAGAGGUGCUGCAGAAGGCAAUUGAAGAAAAUAACAACUUCAGCAAAAUGGCAGAGGAAAAGUUGACCCACAAAAUGGAAGCUAUCAAAGAGAACAGAGAAGCACAAAUGGCUGCUAAACUGGAGCGCUUGAGAGAGAAAGACAAGCAUAUUGAAGAAGUACGGAAGAACAAAGAAGGGGGGAAAGAAUCUGGUGACAACGAAAGCGACUGACUUCAUCCUGGAAACUGACUUUCUCCCCUUUGUCUAAAUAUCCAAAGACUGUAUUGGCCAGUGUUUUUGUUAAGUUUCUAGAAAACUGAUGUAGAGCUGUAUAGUUAGAUCCAACUGUACACAUGCUUUGGGGAGCUAGAGGGGAGUCCUUUUCAUGUUCACUCUUUUUCUAAAAUGUUGUCUUUCCAGUGUAGCUAUCUUGUUGCAUUUCUUCUAUUCCAGUGCAUUUGUUCCUGGAUUGAUGGCUAGUGCUGUAUUCAGCUCUGACAUAUUUGUGAAAGAAAUAUGUAGUGUAAUGCUCAUGCUGAAUCUGUUACACUUCAGAAUCUGUCGGUUUUAAACAUAUUACUGUAACCAAGUGACUUAAUAAAAGCUGCACAGUGCUGUUA